UAUUGUGUCGUGCUAAUAUUAACAUUUAGGUAUUUACAGUUAAUUGGUUGCAGUUUGUUGCCUAAUUAGUAAUUUCACAAAAUUAAUUUUCAAUAAUUUAAUAAUAAUUGUAAACUUAUUUCAUAAUACUUAUAGAAUUUAAUUUUAUAUUGUUUACUUUUAAAACUAUCUAUCGACCUAUUCACUACAUUUCGAACCGUACGAAAUCGAUGAAGAAUUAUCUAUAUGAAAUACUUUGAACACUGAAAAUCACAAAAUACAUUGAUACAGCCGACCGCCGUCGCGAUGAACUCCAAACCCGAUGGACAGCAGUCCAAGUACCAGCUGUCCAAGGAAACGGCUGGACUCCGUUCAACGGAUUUAUUGCCUCAUAAUUUAUCCGGACAAGCACCAACCAGAGAGUUUCUGUUAAAAGUCGUUGAUAUCUUAGUAGAUUACAUCAAUGACGUUAAUAACAGAGACGAAAAAGUAUUGCAUUUUAAGCACCCCGAGGAGAUGUUACGACUGCUGAAAUUGGAUAUUCCCGACGAAGGUGUGCCGUUGCAAAAUUUAAUCGACGAUUGUAGUCUAACACUCAAGCAUCAAGUAAAAACAGGACAUCCGAGAUUUUUCAACCAGCUCUCGUGCGGUCUGGACAUCGUGUCCAUGGCCGGCGAAUGGCUGACGGCCACGGCAAAUACGAACAUGUUCACGUACGAAAUAGCUCCUGUGUUUAUUCUCAUGGAAAACGUGGUGUUGACCAAGAUGAGGGAAAUCAUCGGGUGGAAGGGCGGCGACUCGAUUUUUGCUCCAGGUGGAUCGAUAUCGAAUAUGUACGCGUUUUUGGCAGCCCGGCACAAAAUGUUCCCGGGAUACAAGGAACAAGGACUUCACUCGAUCAAAGGACAACUGGUCAUGUACACGUCGAACCAAUCUCAUUAUUCGGUUAAGAGUUGUGCUUCAGUAUGUGGUCUAGGAACGGACAAUUGCGUCGAUGUACCAAGCGAUGAAAGGGGCCGCAUGAUACCUUCUGAACUGGAGCGCCUCAUAUUGGAAAGAAAAUCCAAAGGCCACAUACCAUUUUUCGUCACUGCCACUGCUGGCACGACCGUUCUUGGGGCAUUUGAUCCAAUCAACGAAAUUGCGGACAUUUGCGAAAAAUAUAAGAUGUGGCUGCACAUCGAUGCUGCCUGGGGAGGAGGGUUGCUACUAUCUCGCAAGUACCGACAUCCCCGUCUGGAUGGCAUUGAACGGGCUAACUCGGUGACUUGGAAUCCACACAAAUUGAUGGGCACCCUACUCCAGUGCUCCACAAUACAUUUCCGAGAGAAUGGACUGUUGAUCAGCUGCAACCAAAUGAGCGCGGAAUACUUGUUUAUGCAAGACAAACUAUACGACAUCCAAUACGAUACAGGUGACAAAGUAAUACAGUGUGGUCGUCACAACGAUGUGUUUAAACUUUGGCUGCAAUGGCGUGCCAAGGGUAAUGAAGGUUUCGAAAAACACAUGGACCACUUGAUGGAACUCAGUGAAUACAUGGUGGAGAAAAUUAAGGCAUCGCCAGACAAAUAUUAUUUGAUCCUCGAGCCGGAAAUGGUGAACGUCAGCUUUUGGUACGUGCCGAAGCGCCUGCGGAACAUCCCACACUCGCCGAAACGUGCGGAAAGCCUUGGCCAGAUCACGCCGGUUCUGAAGGGCAAAAUGAUGGAAGUCGGCACGUUGAUGGUUGGAUAUCAGCCCCUGAAUGAGUUACCGAACUUCUUCAGGAACAUCAUAUCUAGCGCCGCGGUCACCAAGGAGGACGUCGACUUUUUGCUAUCCGAACUGGACCGUCUGGGACAAGACCUCUAAGUCAGGAGAAGAUGAAAACGUUUAAUGAUAAAUUCCGCUAGUCUCUAUAUGUAUAGUUCUUAUUGUGUUAUGAUUUAGUAGACGCUAUAUCACGAUCCUCGGUCAAUGGCUCUAUUCCCACCGUCAUCAAUAAUAGGCGUAGCGUGUACUGCUUUUAAAUUAGAUAGGUAUAAAUGAUUUCGCAUAAUCAUGAGUAAGCGUUAUCCCCAAUUUUCCUUAAUUAUUAUUAUUGUUGUUGUUAUUGUUAUUGUAGUGAAUAAAAUAAAUAGUGAGCAUAUUAUUAUAUUUGUAUUUAUUAUAAUUUGCUUCGAUCACAAGUCCACGCGUUAUACUAUAUAAUAUAUUAUACUAUUAUGUUUGCUUUUAAGUACAUAGACUUUUCGUCAGUCACAACUCGCGAGUAUUUAUUUUUUGAUUCUUCACAAUUUUUAUGACCCCAUUGUGUGUUUUAAUGGAAAUCCGCUGAUGGCAAUUUCCCCAAGUACGUGUAUUGUAACAACAGUAAUAAUAAUAAUAAUAAUAAUAAUAAUAAUAAUAAUAAUAAUAAUAAUAAUGCACCUGCUGAGAUUGACCACUUCUGUUCAACAAUCACACGUUAGUCUAAUAUUGUUUUAAGUUUUAAAUAUAUAAUUUGAUGUUUGGUUGUAUAAUAUUGUUCGAAUACGUCUAACCUACGACCCGUUAAAACCAUAGGGUCCAUAGGUCUAUUUAAAUGAGUCUAGAAUUUUUUUUUAUAGUUUCAUCCCAUAACAAAUGAGUACCUACCUCUUGAUAAUUGUUCUAUCACAAUACAUUUUUUUCGAUCGCAUGAUGGCAAUAAUAAAUAAUAUAAUGUAUCAAUCCGUCACGGCUUGGUACACUAAAGUUAAUCACGUAAGACGUGAACAAUAUUCGAAACGAAAAAUCGUUUACCUAAUAUAUUAGUACCUAUAUUGUUAAUUACGGUUUAGGUAACCUUUUGAACGCGAUUUUUCGGUUCGGGUGCGUUUGCGUCUUCAAUUUAGGUAUACAUUUUUUGUUUGCAUGCUUUUAAAAUCACCAUAGUGAAGAAAACCCACAAACGUUUUCCCGAUCUCAAAACGUUUUUACGGUUUUCAACACUCACUUAUCUAUAUAGAUAGGUAAACCAUUGUUUUUCUGCACCGUUUUAUUCGCACAUUUGCACAAAAGUUUUCUAUUCGCACCAUUGCACUUCAAAAAUAUUAUGCACUUAUAUCUGUUCUCACUUUCUAUACUUCUAUAAGCACGUAUUGUAAUAUGUAUAAUAUUAUAAUAAUAACAUAAUCAUGGACGUCCUCACAUGGUAGAUACUUGAUAUUAUACGCUUAAUAUUUGAUAUGUUACUAAUUUACUAUAACUAUUAAAAGCACGAAAAGUGUUGAAUUCGGCUAUUGAAAAAAUGUUCUUAUUUUAACAUUUUUUGUCCCUAUAUCAUUUUCUUAAUGAUUAAAGAAAAACCUGGACGCCCUUGAAUAUACUGUAUUAUUAUAUUAUUCGAUUCAAAUAUAUGAUUAUCUUAAACUUUUUACUCAAUAUUAUAAUUUACAAUAAUAUGUUAUACUAAUAGCACUGUAGUUACUUCAAAUGCACUUUACACGUUUCGCACAUAUUAAUUAUUGCACAUUUUUGUAUAUUGUUGAUAUUAUAUUUAAGAUAAUAUUCAAUACUGUGAUAUUUAUUACUAUUAGUCACUUACGAGUGUGAUUAGUAUUUUAUAAGAUAUCGCAAUAUUGCUAAUCACUUUAUUAUUAUUUAAGAAAAUGUUUUCUUUAUAACUAUACCUACAUAAUAUUAUUAUUGCCAUUACACGAUCAGUCUAAAUGUCUUUACAGUGAACACCUCCCAACACGUCUCCAUUAAUCAUCAUAAUAUAUUACAAUAUCUAUUGUUAAUCAAUCUCGUAAAACUUUCUCCUUUAUUGGUGCACCCUCUCGCUGAACCCUAUUCUAACUUGGCGCCCCUCAGUGGACCAUGCACGUUUUCCAAGUCAUUCAUCAAAUCUUAAGUACCACCUAUAGGCUCUCACCCAAUUUUUCCCCUAUACACAUACUCCACACUGGGUACACGAUAUAAUAUUAUUUUGUUCUGUACGUACCUAACACCCACAUUUUUUUUUUGUCACUAAUUGGUCGUCAGUUAGGUUUGUGUUGUUUUAAGCAAAGCUUAAGAUUUCUUAAAAGAAAUCUAUCCAAUUGACCGGCAAUAGUUAUUGGUGGCUGUAUUGCUUACGUCCACAUCUUGUCUCGCGGGUCAUAUUAUUAUAGUUAGGUAUACAGUUUAAUUUUAUAACGUACCUUGCACAAUAUAGACUAUUAGACUUGCACUGUCAAAACUAAAAUGAGUGUCCGGAGGGAUCUGAGGAGACUAUAUGAUAUCUCUUUCGGGCUCAAAAUUAGUUCACUUAAACAUUGCAUAUCUGCUGCUAUUGCUGGAAUUGGUGACAGACGAAUAUUUAUUAAUUAUAUAUUAUUUAACAUUUAUACAUUUAAAUGGGCGGAAACAUAACGUUUUCACCCAAAUACCAUUCACUCUAUCCAUUUACUGAAACAUUGCAAAAUACCUACAUUUUCAAUUUCAUGCACCGUAAUACACGCAUAUUUCCAGUAAUCCGUUGCCCCUCCCAAUUUAAGUAAUUUAGGUAAUAUAUCAUUAGAGUACACAUAGGUACACUAUUUCAUUUUGUAAUCGAUUCCACAUCGAUUCUCCAGUGUGUUAUUGUUUUCCCCAAAUAUUAUUAUUAUUAUUAUUAUAUAUUUCAGGUUUUUAUGAAAUUUAUUUAUAUGUAUCAUACUUAUAAUAUUAUAGUCGUCAUAUUAUUACGUUUAACCAAUUUUAUUGUGUGAGAUGACGCCACGCAUCGAUUACAUUUUAUUAUUACCCACGUUGUGUUUUAUUCAUAUUUAAAGUAUAUUAUUCGGAAGUAUAAAUUAUAUAGUAGCCAGUAGGUAUAUAGUAAAAAAAAAAAAAAAGGAAAAAGUGUAUAAAGGCGAUUUUUGUUUCUCCGGGGCCGCGAAAUAAAUAAAUCAUAGAUUGCAAUAAUAAUAUUAUACCGUGAUCGUAAUCGAUCACACAAUAAUAACUUUAGGACCCACCUGAUUUAUUAUUAUAGAAAUAUUAAUAUUACAUUAUAAUAUUAUAUUGUUCAACUGCCCUUCUGAACCGCCAGUCAAUUUAAACGGAGAAUGGACUUAAACGUCCGUUUGUUUACUAAUAAUUUUAACAGAGUGAUUAUAUAUCUAUCAUGUAUGUGACAUUUUAACUGAUAUUAUAAUAAUAAUGAAUAAUAAAAUAUACAAUAAUAUCCUGUAUUAUUUCAAUAUAAAUAUAAUUGCGAUGACAUUAUACCCUUUCCUUGUGCCUCGUGUUCAAGACGAUACAAUAACAUUAUUCACUGCAAUAUUAUUUAAUAUUAUUAUAAUAAUACCAAUCUAAGACAUACUAAUGAGUCAACUAACUAGUAAAUAUAUUUCAUAACACGCCUAGCAUAACUAAACAUUUUUUUUUUUUUAAACACUACCUACUUAUUAGAUGUUAUAUACACUAUUUUAUUUUCGUUUUAUAGUCGUUAUUAUAAUAUUAUUAAAUAAAUAUAAUAUAUAAACGUAUAAUAUAAACUCAGUACAACAUACUGUGCUAAUAUAUUAUAAUAAUUAAUAUAUAUAUAUAUAUAUAUAUAUAUAUAUAUUAUAUAUAGCUAGACAUAUUCUAUUAUAUUAUAAUUGCUGUUAAAAUUUUAAAAACGUAAUGUGUUGAAUAUUAUUAAUAAUUAUUUUAUUGUUGAUUAUGUUACCUAUACAUAUUAUAUUAUAUUAUAUGAUACGAUAUUAUAUAAUAUAUUAUUAUACCUAUAUUAUAUUAUAAUACCCCACCUCACCUAGUAUAUCACUGUUUUCAUUGAUUAUAUCGAUGGCUUAGGCCUUAGUUGAUAAUGUACACUGCGCACACAAUAUUAUAAUUAAUAUUUUCAAAAAUCAACUUUUUUAAUAGCAUUAAACGAAAUAUUAAAUUACCUAUCUAUAUUUUUUGAUAUAGGUUAUUUUAUUCUAUUAAGUCGUAACUAAUUUCAUAAAAAAGCUAUAUAAUUUCUAAGGACAAAGAAUGAUGUUCCUGAAUAAUUUCAUAUUGUGAUUUAUAAUACCUAUCGCUGCGCCAAGUCAUCGAUGUAGACUAUUUUAGAGUGAAAUAAUUUAUCCAAGCAUUGUAUGAAGCGUUUGUUAUUUUUUUUCUCUGAUCUCUUAUUAUACAAUAAGAGGGCAAUAAUCUUAUAUAUUAUUGUUAAUAACCACUAUAUUAUACUGUCUAAAUUAUUAUUAUUAUUUAUUAUUUUGAUUAUUAUUAAUAUGUUUGUAAACGUAUGGCAGUUCGAAUAUGGUGAUCAUUUAGAUCACAAUACUUGAACUCAUAGCCAAUAAAAUGCAUACCUAAUGUUUUUUUCGUUGUCAUGUUAUAUUAAUAUAUUAUAUGUUACCCGCCUAAGAAUAAAAUAUUAUUACCGGAGCGUAUUCGUUGAUGUAUACAUAAAUAAAUGUAGGUCUUAUGUUAAGCCUAAUGCAUAUUUAAUGCUGGUAUGUUGAUUUGUUGUUUUAAAUCUGUUCCAUGUAGAAAAAGUAUAAUAAUAUAAAAUAUAACCUAAUACAUAAUACAAUA